ACACACCCAGAUCCCAAUCCAACUGUGGAUAUUUUAUCUGGAGCCAUUCUGAAAUGUCCUUUUUCAAAUUCUUCAUUCGAUGGACAUGGAUAUGGUUGUUGUCUGGGGAGAGCCUUAUUCUCUUGCUUCUAGAGGUCUCCCUAAAGGGUACCGCCUUGCCUCCAAUACGGUAUUCUCAUGCUGGGAUAUGUCCAAAUGAUAUGAAUCCCAACCUCUGGGUAGACGCUCAGAGCACCUGCAGAAGAGAAUGCGACACUGACCUGGAAUGCGAAAACUUUGAAAAGUGCUGUCCUAACGUCUGUGGAACAAGAAGUUGUGUUGCAGCCCGGUACAUGGAUGUCAGAGGGAAGAAAGGACCUGUUGGGAUGCCCAAAGAGGCUACAUGUGACCGUUUCAUGUGCAUCCAACAAGGUUCAGAGUGUGAUAUCUGGGAUGGCCAGCCUGUUUGCAAAUGCAAAGACAGGUGUGAAAAAGAGCCAAGUUUUACUUGUGCAUCAGAUGGCCUCACCUAUUAUAACAAAUGUUACAUGGAUGCAGAAGCAUGUACCAAAGGCAUUACACUCAAUGUGGUAACUUGUCGCUAUCACCUUACAUGGCCAAACACCAGCCCUAUCCCACCAGAGACUACAGCUCACCCCACUACUGCCUAUUUAGAGACAACCAUCACUGACAUCCUUCCACCUGUGCUAGUCAACAACCCAGCCCAUCAGUCUGUCUACAUAGGAGAGACUGUUAGUUUUCUUUGUGAUGUGACCGGAAGACCUAAGCCAGAAAUCACUUGGGAGAAGCAGACAGAGAGUAAUGAGAAAAUCAUCAUGAGGCCCAACCAUGUCCGGGGGAACAUUGUUGUCACAAACAUUGCCCAGCUGGUGAUCUACAACACACAACUGCAAGAUGCAGGCAUCUACACUUGCACCGCCAAAAACCUUGGUGGAGUUCUCAGGGCAGAUUUCCCGUUGUCAGUCCUCAAAGGAGAAGCGACCUCAUUGGAAGCAGGCCAGAAUAAAACCCACUUCCCAACCGACGAGUGUCUGAAGCAGCCAGACAGCGAAGACUGUGGGGAGGAGCAAACCCGAUGGUAUUAUGAUGCAAAGAAGAACAACUGCUUUACUUUCAUCUAUGGAAACUGUAACAGCAACCUGAAUCACUUUGAGGCCUAUGAAAACUGCAUGUUGACUUGUAUGAAUGGGCCAAUCAACAUAUGCAACUUGCCAGCCCUCCAAGGUCACUGCAAAGCCUAUGAGCCCCGGUGGGCAUACAACAGCUUGACAAAACAAUGUCAGUCUUUCAUUUAUGGAGGCUGUGGAGGCAACGAGAAUAACUUUGAAAGCAGAGAGGCCUGUGAAGAAAUGUGCCCUUUCCCUAGGAACAUGCAUUGCAAAGCCUGCAAGGCUUGCAAACCACGCCAAAAGCUGGUCACUAGCUUCUGCAAAAGUGAUUUUGUUAUUCUUGGCCGUGUCACUGAACUGACGGAGGACCAAGACUCGGGACAUGCACUGGUGACGGUGGAGGAGAUUUUAAAGGAUGAGAAAAUGGGACUAAAAUUCUUGGGGAGGGAGCCUCUAGAAAUCACCCUUUUAAAUAUGAACUGGAGCUGCCCGUGCCCCAACAUGACAGCAGUGGACAGUCAACUCAUCAUCAUGGGCGAUGUCCACAACGGAAUGGCUGUUUUACAGCCAGACAGCUUUGUGGGGGCCUCUAGCAUCCGACGUAUUCGGAAGCUUCGUGAGGUCAUCCACAAGAAAACUUGUGAGCUAUUAAAAGAGUUCUUAGGACUGCACUAAUACCCUGCUUGUAUCUUGUCAGCUUUCCAAAUGUGUGUAUUAUAUAGUGCUAACU